AUGUCUCAGCCAAGCACGCCAUUUGAUGGAGUCACUGAAGAUCCCUUUCUUUCGUCUUCAGAUCAGGAUCAGUUCUCCCAGGCCAACUUCGAGGAAUUAUUUGGCCCCGGUAGUUCAGAUGGAGCCAUCUUCUCAUCGAACAAUAGCGAAGUUUUUGACGGCACUGACUUCGCAUAUGGAGAUGUUUCACUAGUACCUAUCGACUCAUCCAUCUCCUCUGUCAUAUCGACACCGCAACCCUCCAAUUGCAGCUCUAAUCGGCACUCAUCAGCGUAUCCGACCCCACAAGCAAACAAACCACACCCUUACCCAUUCGGAACUCAUGGACUCUAUGAAGCAGGUAUACCUCAGUCCGUCUUCAAUUCUCGGCCUUUGCCCAUCAGAUCACAGACGAACAAUGUCCACUUCUAUUCAACACAGCUGGCGCCGCCUGGCAGUCGCCGACGAUCACUCAGUCAUGGCGACAUGGACCGAGUCGUAGCUGCAAGCAUGCCGAAUCCGACCUUCAUCCGUCUCCAAGCACCACGCUCGAGGACUAUACCGGAGGAACUCCGGGGGAAAGAUCUUCACUCGCAUUGUGGAAGGGGUUCAUGUCAAAGUCCUCCAGCUCGAGGCAGGCCGAUGAAGCCCACGAGCAUGCCAUACUCACUACAAUCUAGCCCGCUGGUAGGCGGCAUGUUGCCGACCCCGAUCGGAACACCGUUGAACGCAGUGGAAGAUGUCGACUGCGACACCAACAUCACUCACCAAAAUCACAGCAUAGAAAACAACAAUCCCUUCUUUCCUUCAUUUCCAGAGGGUCUUCUCUUUCGACAAAUGUCGCGUCCAGAAGAACUUGCGAGAAGCUGGCAGAUUAUCGAAAUCGGAGCCCUUGCCGUCACCAAUCACGGAAGUAUUGACCCUAGGCUUCAACCACACACUUCUGCAUCGAACCAAGAGCGUAUUUUGAAGAAGCUGGUUGAUAUCGAAGCACAUUUGGGGAAGAGCGGAGGCGCCGAGGCUCUUCGCAGUUGCAAAACGAUACGGGAGGUCUUGACUGGGAGGGUUGAGUGUGAAGAAGAGACAAAGGAUAUGGAUGGAGUGUUCAAAGAUGGUGAGAUUACGGCAGCAAACACCCCCAACGAAGCAUAUUCCGAUCUGUCCAAUGGUUGCGAUGAUAACGAGAUCAUGGCAAUGCUGAUGAGUCAGCAUGGGGUCAGAGAAGGUGGAGAUGGCGAAUGA